GGAGUUGGAGGGUCCCGCAGGCGGUGCUGCCGAUCUUUCCCUGAUGUGGAGCUUUGAGCAAGCCCUCCUUCCGCCCCUGGGCUGACCCCCGGGGCCGGGCGGGGCGGCUCGGAUGCCUGGAGGGUCACGUGUCCCGGCGCCUCGGGUUUGAAAUGAUAGGUUUCGGGCUGAGUCGAAUCCAGGCCUGGAGGAGAAGCGCUGCAGCGCGAGGAAGGCGGUCUGCUCGUGGCCCGCCUCCCCGGGGAAGCCCCCCGAGCAGGGGGCCGUGGCUGCUGUGGCCUUGCGCGUGGAAGGCUCGCACGUCCUCCGCAGAAGGGCCGUCUUGGUGAAACGCUUCCUGUGUGUGGGGCCCUCCCGGGGAGUAGGAAGCCGGAGCCGCUCCGGGUUAGCGGCCGCGGAGCUGCGUGCCUUUCAUUCUUUCGGGUUUUCUGGGAAGCUUUUUCUUGGCUCGGAGAUUUUUUAAAAAUAUGUUGAUAGCAGGCUGUGGGCUUUUUUUUUUUCUUUUUUCUAAAUAUCGGGGAGGUAAAGGCCCUGCUGUGAAGGAAUAGGAACUGGAGAGAACGGGCAGCAUUGUCCCAGAUAUAGCAGUUGGUACGAAGCGGGGAUCCGACGAGCUUUUCUCUGCCUGCGUCACUAACGGACCCUUUAUCAUGAGCGGCAACUCGGCCUCUGCAGCAAAUGGGAACGACAGCAAAAAGUUUAAGGGUGACAACAGAAGUGCAGGCGUGCCCUCCAGAGUGAUCCACAUCCGGAAGCUCCCCGGCGACGUCACCGAGGGCGAGGUCAUUUCCCUGGGGCUGCCCUUCGGGAAGGUCACCAAUCUCCUGAUGCUGAAAGGGAAAAAUCAGGCCUUCAUCGAGAUGAACACAGAGGAGGCCGCCAACACCAUGGUGAACUACUACACUUCGGUCACGGCUGUGCUUCGAGGUCAGCCCAUCUACAUCCAGUUCUCCAACCACAAGGAGCUCAAGACAGACAGCUCUCCCAACCAGGCACGGGCCCAGGCAGCGCUGCAGGCAGUGAACUCGGUGCAGUCAGGAAACCUGGCCCUGGCCGCCUCAGCUGCCGCGGUGGACGCUGGGAUGGCCAUGGCCGGCCAGAGCCCAGUGCUGCGGAUCAUUGUGGAGAACCUUUUCUACCCGGUGACUUUGGACGUACUCCACCAGAUCUUCUCCAAGUUUGGCACAGUUCUGAAAAUCAUCACUUUCACCAAGAAUAACCAGUUCCAGGCGCUGCUGCAGUAUGCUGACCCCGUGAGCGCCCAGCACGCCAAGCUGUCGCUGGACGGGCAGAACAUCUACAACGCCUGCUGUACGCUGCGUAUCGACUUCUCCAAGCUCACCAGCCUCAACGUCAAGUACAACAACGACAAGAGUCGGGACUACACGCGCCCUGACCUGCCCUCCGGCGACAGCCAGCCCUCGCUGGACCAGACCAUGGCUGCCGCCUUCGGUGCACCUGGUAUAAUGUCAGCCUCCCCGUAUGCAGGAGCUGGUUUCCCUCCCACCUUUGCAAUUCCUCAAGCCGCAGGCCUGUCGGUUCCUAACGUGCACGGGGCCCUGGCGCCUCUGGCCAUCCCGUCGGCAGCAGCGGCGGCGGCGGCGGCAGGCCGGAUCGCCAUCCCAGGCCUGGCAGGGGCAGGGAAUUCUGUCCUGCUGGUCAGCAACCUCAACCCCGAGAGAGUCACACCCCAAAGCCUCUUUAUUCUUUUCGGCGUGUACGGCGAUGUGCAGCGGGUGAAGAUCUUGUUCAAUAAGAAGGAGAACGCCCUGGUGCAGAUGGCGGACGGGAGCCAGGCGCAGCUGGCCAUGAGCCACCUCAACGGGCACAAGCUGCACGGGAAGCCAGUGCGCAUCACGCUGUCCAAGCACCAGAACGUGCAGCUGCCCCGCGAGGGCCAGGAGGACCAAGGUCUCACCAAGGACUAUGGCAACUCCCCCCUGCACCGCUUCAAGAAGCCCGGCUCCAAGAACUUCCAGAACAUCUUCCCACCCUCGGCCACUCUGCACCUCUCCAACAUCCCGCCCUCCGUAUCCGAGGACGACCUGAAGAUCCUCUUUUCCAGCAACGGUGGGAUCGUCAAGGGGUUCAAGUUCUUCCAGAAGGACCGCAAGAUGGCGCUGAUCCAGAUGGGCUCGGUGGAGGAGGCCAUCCAGGCGCUCAUCGACCUGCACAACCACGACCUGGGCGAGAACCACCACCUGCGGGUCUCCUUCUCCAAGUCCACCAUCUAGGGCCGCCAUGGACCAGCCUGCCGGCACCCGGCCACAACUUCCAUCAUUCCAGAGAAAAGCCACUUUAAAAAGCAGCUGAAGUGACCUUAAAAGACCAGAGAUUUUAUUUUUUUAAAAGAGAAAUCAGUUUACCUGUUUUUAAAAAAAUUAAAUCUAAUUCACCUUGCUCACCCUGGGGAGAUGGGGUGCCGGCCUCAGGCUCUUGGUGACGAGUGGACAGUGUGCCCCACUCCCUCCCCAGCCCCCCAAGCCCGUGCCUUCUGCAGCCUCUGUGGGGUGGGCGCUCCCAAACCUCGACUCGGCUUUCUUGUGCCUUAAAACCCGCUGCUCUGGCAGGGCCCUCUCACGGCAGCAGACGCGUGGGCGGGGGCCUGGGGGCCGGUGGGUGGGCCUCCCGCAUGGGAUCAUGUGCCUGGUGCAGCGGGAGGCUGUGAGCUGCAGGGUCCAGCUGGCACCCCCAAUCCGUUUAAUCAAGUGUGUGAUUCGCCCCUGACCCGGGGCAAGCCCCCGAGGGCACCAUCCCUGUCCUCCUUCAGCUCCGAGCUCUCUGUCCACCGUAAGCUCUGUAUUAGGCUUCGAUGCAGUUGCAGACACCCGUGCCUAGCAAUACUUCCAGUUGACCAAAUAUUCUAAUCUUUCAUUUAUAUGCAAAAGACAUAGUUUUAAGUAACUUUUUAUAUAGCAAGAUAAAAAUGGUAUGAGUGUAAUCUCCAUUUCCUCCUUGUGGUAUGACCUUGCAUACUGUACUUUUCUAUUUUAUUCCUUGUAAUGAAGUCGCAGGGCAGGACCUAGUUUCCAGGGCGGCCGGCUGGGGGCCAGCGCAGGGGAGCCUGGUCCUUCCCGAGGACACCUCCAGAUGCCUUACUCACACCUAACCUGUCCUCCCUCUGGGGGGAUGAGCGCUCUUAAAACUUUCAGGGUUUCCGCUCUCCUGCAGAUUUUGGACCAAAGUUUUGUUUUUUUUGUCUGCCUCUAACGCUGGGGCCCGGAAAGUGGGACAGCGGCCCCCGAGUCUUAACUGUCUCCCGCACAUCGUCCUGCGCUCAGGGUCCACGGGGCUCCCCUGUGAGCAGACCGUGUGCUGGCCAGCCCCUCCCUCGGGCCUGGACCCUCGAGUUUCCGUGUUGGGGUGGAACAAGGGUGUAAAUAUUUAUAAUUUUUUUUAUACCUGUUGUAAAACGAGGGGCAGCAAACAUGGUUUUUUAUAAAGGUGACACAGAUGUAUAUUUUGGUAACCCGCAGUUACAGGCUCAGUAUUGUGAGGGGGACGCGGCACAUUCCACUGCCCACCCUACGGCUUGUAAUGCAGAGAGAACCGAAUUAAAGCGAUUUUACAACUC